AUGGCGGAGUCUCAGCUCUUGGUGAUGGACGACGAACACGUGAACGAGAAGAUCCCAGAGUCACGGCCCGAGUUUUACUACAGCGAGGAGCAGAGAGCCGCUUUGGAACAACUUAUACGCAACGGCGACGGCGCGUUCAAGAUGCGACUGAAAGAGGACAACAUCAAAGACUUCCUGUCGGCACGCGAGGUCAAAACACUGGUCAAGGACUUCCAAGAGUAUGACACCCACACAGACACCGAGGGGCCCCCGGCAGAGCGCUCCAAGGGCUCCAGCAGCGCGGACAGCGGGGUGCACUCCACCUACUGGCCCGAGAUGUCCGACACGGAGAUCCCGGCGCUGGACCUGGGCUGGCCCGGGAGUAGUGGUCAUUACAAGGGGGUGACGCGCGUACACAUGUACACGCACCCGCCUAAGGAGCCAGGACCCCACAUCAAACAGGUGGUCCGCAAACUCAUCCAGGAGGCGCACAAGGUGCUGGCCAUCUCCAUGGACCUCCUCACAGACCUGCAGAUCCUUCAGGACCUGUUGGACGCCUCCUCUCGUCGUGCAGUGGCCGUUUACAUCGUCCUGGACGCGGCCGGAGUUCCCCACUUCCUCGACAUGUGCUCCAGGCUGCAGAUCAGCGCCGUGCAUCUGAGGAACCUGCGUGUGCGUCUGCUGCGAGGCGCCGGUCUGGCCCUGUCCUACGGGAGGCUGCCCGGCUCCCUCUGCUCUAAGUACAUGCUGGUGGACGGAGAGAAAGUCAUGUUCGGAUCCUACAGUUUUACGUGGAGUUCGUCUCGUAUGGACCGAAACACCAUCACAGUCAUGACGGGACAAGUCGUGGACCACUUCGACCAGGACUUCAGAGAACUUUACGCCAUUUCUGAACAAGUGGACCUGUAUCACGAGUUCAACAUCACCAAACCGCCCGUCGCCGUCCACGUCCCAAAGACAAAAGCCGAGCCCGUCAAGCCCUUGUCCGUUACCACGUCGCGAUUCCAGGUUUCCAUCGGCGACACUAAGAAAAUCGACUUCAAAGUCCCGGCGCAUAAAUACCACAAUCCAAAAUAUUCCCUAGUUUUUGGAAAUGGCACCGGUUUGACGAGAUCGCUGCAAGAUCUUUCGGUAGCUAGCAAGUCGGUGGUUGGCGCGUCCACUCCGACAACUCCGCAAACGGCAACUAGUCAGUUUCAUAUUAAACUAGACAAGUCCGACAUGGAAAGCUCUACGUCGAACCUAGCCGACGAGGAGCACGACUCCAAGCCCCACGGGAAGAAAAUCCACAGCAAGAAGCAUCUGCCGUCGUUCAAACAUCUCCGGAGAGUAAAGCAGACGAACAAUUCGCCGCCGGAGACCAUAGACGAAGGCGUGGUGACCCAGCAAAGUCCAGUGCAGAACGGAAAAGCGGGAGCGUCGCACAGUCCGGUUCACAACGGGAAGGUUUUGUUGGUGGACGCAAACGGGGGGAACGAAUCUGAGGACGGGUUUGAAAUCUUGGAGAAACCAGGAACGCUGAAGAGCAAGAGCAAGAAGAUUGGGAAACUCGUCAACAGAAGCGUGUCGUUGCAAGCCAUCAACGUCACCGCGGGAGAAGACGGUUCCAAAAGUCGACGGCGAAACCCGAAGAAGGCCUGUAUCCAGCAGUGA